AUGAUCGACAUCCACGACCUUUUCGAGGCUGCCCUGAGUGCCACCUCGGGCCACCCGGACGCUGGCGUCCUCAACAACCACACAGCCAGCUCUCUGCUGUGCCCUAUCAUACACUUUACCUCCACAUUAACCGCUGCAGCCGCAUCUCCAUAUCAUGGCGCCAUCUGCAGCAGCGUAUCCUCCCCAAUCUACCCAUCCUCUGCCUCUACAGGACAAGGCUCAUCCAUGGCAGCUGCUUCCUCAUCAGUCCCGCUCCUGUCAGCCACCCUAUCCCCAGUCCCACACCCUUCCUUCCUCGCACACCUCUUCUCUCUCCAUGAGCCAUUGCUGUUCUGCAAUUUCGAUAUCAACCCGAAUACUUCGGUCUUUGCGCUCACUUUCUUGGCAGCGAGCAUUUUCCAGAUCACCGGAUUCUAUUUCCUCCGCCAUUUCGUGCCUCAACUCUCGGAGGAGCGUCCCAAGAGCCGGAGGGGACUCUCCUGGGUCCUGACCCUGUUCUCCUCCAUUGUCCUCUUCACGGGCACAUUCACGCUCUCGUCCAAUAUGGAGUGGAAUCCGCCCGGAGGCAGUGGUAGUGACGGAAAUCUGGAUGGACGAUGGAAUACGUUGCUGUCGCUUCGUCAGUUCCCGAACGAGUCGAACUUGGCGACGAUGUACUCGGCGUACUUUGUGAGCUAUCUGAUUUGCGAUCUGGUGCUGGGGAUGGUGUAUUACCGAGCGUAUCUGGAUCCACUGUCGGGAUGGGCCCAUCAUCUAGGGUACCUGGCUGUGGUCUCGAACGCGACCCUGCAGAAGAAUGUGUCGACCCUCUUUGCGAUGGGAACGCCUAUUGAAGUAUCGACCAUCUUUUUGGCCUCGGGACAUAUCUUUCCAAUGCUCCGAUCGGAUCUCUUGUUUGCGACUUCGUUCUUCCUGAGCAGGAUCCUUUACCCGAUCGUACUACUGCCGGAGCUCUACCUGAAUGUCGAGUCGCGUCUGUGCUGGAAGGUCGCACUUAUGGCCCUGGCGGUUCAUGUGCACUGGUUCAGAAAGUUUGUCCAGCAGCAGAUCCGAUACUACCGCGCGCACCAGCAGAUUAGAGACCACAAGGAUUCUUCAGUUCUAGAAUCUCCAGCGGCCGACGAGAAGACGGAGGAGAAGGAGAAGAAGGAGAAGCAGGAUGACGGAGCCGUGAACGAGUGUCCUGUCAAAGAUGUUCCCCAGCUAGUCAAGUUGUCGCCCCCUGCAGUCACCGAGCCUUUCAAGGACAACAUGUUAGAGAUGGAUGAGAGUGUUGUCAAUCAAGUCCAGCUCAACGGAAGCCACCACCGCAAGCACCGGCCCAGAGUCAUCCGUCGGGUCUCUCGUCCAACCUUUGAGCACUUGAUCGAUACCUCAUCCGUGGGUGUUGACCUCAAUAGUCAGGAAAGCGCGGCUUUCUCCUCUCCCAAUCGUCCUGAAAAGACGAUGAAGCAGCUACUGGAGGAAUGCGAUCAAGAGGAAUUCGACUAUGCGAUGCCCCUCCACAAUGUCCUCAAGGGCGGCAACAAGACCUUUUCUCCAUUGGCACGACAGCGUUUGUUGUCGAGCCAGAACAGUCUGGAGAGUCGGGGCGCCGUAAGCCGUGCGUCAUCGAUGCGGGACACGAAGCGCCGUAUUGGAUUAGGCGCCGUCCGGUUUGAGGAGCCCAAGGAUCCGCAGGAGCGGCAGCAGGAACAGCAGCACUCAAUCCAGUCAAAGGUCGAGCGGGUGCAGAAGCAGAAGGAACAAAUGGAGGGUGAUGCGACUGUGGUGUUGAAGCCUCGCCAACUGAGGACUCCCUUGGUGAUGAAGAAAGUGAGCGCGGAGGAGCGUGAGAGGAUGGGCCAGAAGAAUGGCGAAUAUGAUUUUGGGACUAUUCGCAUGGCUCGUGGAGUCGCCAUCCAGGCUUGA